GUCACAGCCUGACCGACCUUUGUGUUACCCGACCUGACCGAAUCCGCUCCCCAUUAAACCUCCCAAAGACUUUGGGCAUGGCGAAGAGGGUGUGGAUAAUUUUCAUCCACUCUUAUGCGUUCGCUCUCUUUAAGGGAGCGGCAGAGAUUCUCUCGGUGCUCACCCUUUUCAUCUUUCCCGUCGUAAGGCAACGAUGAUGGCCCAAGCAGCCCAUCACUACCAUCAUCACGUCCGUUCAUUCUCACCAUCAACCAUAAUCAACCCCACCAUCCAAACCCCACCUCUUCAAAUCACCAAAUUCCCUCCAAAUCCCACAAACCAAAUUCCCUCUCUCCAACAAACAUGCAAGCAUUCAACCCUCAAGCAAGCCUUCGUCUCCUUCAACACCACCCAUCAUCAAAAACCUCUUCAACUCCCUUUUAAAGUAGUGGAAGAAGCUUACUCCUCUGUCCUUGAGCUUUGUGCCGCACAAAAGGCAUUAGCCCAGGGCCAGCAAAUCCAUGCCCAUAUCCUCAAAUCCAAUCCCGCCCUCGAUCGCGUCUUCUUGUGGACGAAGCUCGUCUUCAUGUAUGGCAAAUGUGGGUCCCUUUCUGAUGCCCACCAACUGUUUGAUGAAAUGCCCCACAGAACUGUUUUUGCAUGGAAUGCACUAAUUGGUGCAUAUGCUUCAUAUGGGGGAGCUUCUGAAGCGAUUGAAUUGUAUCAUGUGAUGCGGGUGUCGGGAAUUCCCUUUGAUGCUUGCACUUUGACUUCAGUACUGAAAGCCUGUGGCGGAGCAAAAGAUCUUGGUUGUGGGACUGAGAUUCACGGCCUAGCAAUCAAAUGCGGGUUUGUUUCAUUUGUUUUUGUGGUUAACUCUCUGGUGACUAUGUAUGCAAAGUGCGAUGACUUUGAGAAGGCAAGGAUGCUAUUUGACAUGAUGCCUGAGAGGUGGGACGUCGUGUCAUGGAAUUCUAUCAUAUCUGCGCACUCACAGAAUGGGCAGUUUUUGGAGGCCUUGAGGCUGUUUAGAGAAAUGCAGGGUGUUGGGAUUGCCAUGAACUCAUAUACCGCUGUGGGUGUUCUUCAAGUUUGCACGGAACUGGCAUUUUCAAAAUCUGGUAUGGAGAUCCAUGCCACCCUUUUGAAAUCUGGACGUGAACUUAGUGUUUUUGAAUCCAAUGCGUUGAUUGUUAUGUAUGCAAGUUGUGGUCGAAUGCAUGAUGCUUCUCGCGUGUUUCAUGCACUGGAUGAGAAAGACAGCAUUUCAUGGAAUUCGAUGCUUUCAGGCUAUGUUCAGAACGGAUUUUGUGAUGAAGCUCUUGGAUUUUUCUAUGAAAUGCAGGGAGUGUAUCAAAAACCUGAUCAGGUCUCAGUCAUAAGCAUUGCUUCCGCAUUGGGUCGGUUACGGAACCUGUUGAAGGGAAUGGAGUUACACGCUUAUGCAAUAAAAUGUGGGUUUGAUUCGGAUUUGCAGGUUGGAAACACACUCGUGGACAUGUAUACUAAAUGUUGCUAUGUACACUAUGCGAAUCGUGUUUUCCGUAAAAUGCCCAGCAAAGAUUUCAUAUCUUGGACUACAAUUAUAGCUGGUUAUGCACAGAAUCAUUGUUAUUUGGAGGCAUUGGAUUUGUUUAGAGAAGUGGAGAUGGAGGGGAUGAAAGUGGACCCCAUGAUGAUUGGUAGCAUACUACUUGCUUGCAGCGGUUUGAAGUGCAUUUCUUACGCAAAGCAAAUUCACGGUUAUAUCAUUAGGAAUGGGUUGUUUGAUCUUGUUCUAGAGAAUGCAAUUGUGGAUAUAUACGGAGGAUGUGGUGAGGUUGAGUAUGCUUUUCGAUUAUUUGAAAUGAUAAAGAAUAAAGAUGUUGUGUCUUGGACAAGCAUGAUAUCGAGUUUUGUUCGGAAUGGACUUGCAAAUGAGGCCCUUGAUUUGUUCCGUGAUAUGAUAGAGGCCAGUGUUGAACCUGAUAUGGUGGCCCUAGUGAGUGUACUCUCAGCUGCUGCCAGAUUAUCUGCUCUGAGGAAAGGAAGAGAAAUUCAUGGAUUCCUUGUUAGAAAGGGAUUCUUCAUGGACGGAUCUAUGGGCAGUUCUCUUGUGGAUACAUAUGCAAGGUGUGGAACUGUAGAUGAUUCUUAUAAAAUUUUUGAUACGAUUAGAUGUAAUGAUUUGGUUUUAUGGACUAGUAUGAUCAGUGCCUUUGGGAUGCAUGGUCGUGGCAAGGAAGCAAUCGAUUUGUAUAGACGAAUGCAGAAAACCAGUUUGAUACCUGAUCAUGUUACCUUCUUGGCGCUUCUCUAUGCUUGCAGUCAUUCAGGAUUGAUCGAUGAAGGGAAAAGAUAUUUAGAGGUCAUGAGAAAUGAGUAUCUUUUAGAGCCAUGGCCGGAGCACUAUGCUUGUGUGGUCGAUCUUCUUGGUCGUUCUGAUCGUUUGGAUGAAGCAUAUGAGUUUGUAAAGGGGAUGACGAUUGAACCAACAGCUGCAGUAUGGUGUGCCCUCCUUGGGGCUUGUCGGGUGCACUCCAAUAAUGAACUAGGACAAGUUGCAGCACGUAAGCUUCUCGAAUUAGAACCUGAAAAUCCUGGAAAUUAUGUGCUUGUAUCAAAUGUUUUUGCUGCCGCACACAGAUGGAAAGACGUCGAAGAGGUGAGGAUGAGAAUGAAGUCAAAGGGAUUGAAGAAGAGUCCUGCAUGUAGUUGGAUUGAGGUGGGAAAUAAGGUGCACUCAUUCAUUGCAAGGGACAGAUCUCACUCAUGGACGGUGGCAAUUUAUUCAGAAUUGAGUCGGAUAACGGAUAGAUUGGAAAAGGAAGGUGGCUAUGUUGCUGAGACUAAACAUGUUUUGCAUGACGUAGGAGAAGAGGAAAAGCAAAAGAUGUUGUAUGGGCAUAGCGAGAGACUUGCUAUCGCAUUUGGUUUGAUUGCCACCAUUAAAGGAACUCCCAUUCGUAUCACCAAGAACCUCCGUGUUUGCAGUGAUUGCCAUCGAUUUACCAAGCUCGUAUCAAAAUUGUUCGAACGUGAAAUUGUGGUGAGGGAUAGUAGUAGAUUCCAUCAUUUUCAGGGCGGGUUCUGUUCUUGUGGAGAUUUCUGGUGAAUUAUGAGGAGACAAUGUUUUCUUAAGGCUGAACAUUCAAUCCAACUCAAUUGCAACCAUCCAAUUCAACAAAGAGCAAGGGACCAAAGUGGAGCAGGCUAGCCCCGCGCCAGAGGAACUAGCACCACCGAAAUUGCCAUUACCAUCUCUUUGAGUCCAACUUGAAAAGCACAGAAACAAACAUGGUUUUAAGGUUUUGAUUGCUGUCGUGAAUUGAAAUGCCAAACGACGCCCACCUCCGCCUGCCAGCCCACUCGCCGGAUUCUGAUGAAUUGCAUAUUAGUUAAAUGGAGCAUCCACACACGCCUUAAAAGUUUGAAAUUACAGUUCUGCCACCGACAUGGGCGUGCAGUAUUUGAGCAUCAUGGGCCAAAAGGGAAAAUGCUAUAUUAUCUGAGCUGCUUUUGGAUCGAAAUGGUUUGGCUGAACCUAGUGGAAUUGGAUUGUGGGUGGUUGAAUUCGAAAACUAUUGUUCCUUUGGAAGAACAGAUGAGGACUUUGCUAAGCACUCUGCUGUGAGGCCGGAGAUAUGGAUGAAAUGUAUCCCCGUCCAUGGCAGGAAUCGAGCCAAUCGCUACCAUGGAAGUCUUUACGGAAUGAAUCUGCGGUAGUUAGUCAUCGCUCUGUGAAGGAGUGGGUGAAUAAGCAUCCUGCAAAGGCAUUCAGGCAGGGGAGGUGGCACUAAGCACACCCCUGGCUAGGCGUACUAUCGUCGAUCCACCAGCCUCGGUUAACGAUGUAUUUGCCUGAGUUUUGAGCCGUCAAACCGGCCUCAAUUGGAUAGGAAGAAGGCUAUUGUCGCACCAGCUAAGUCAUAAAUGUAGUGGAGCUAAUUGACACUCCGGCAUGGUAUGACACUUGAUGUGCAGGCUCUCAGUGGCAUACUUAAAUUAAACAGACAAAAGUGCUAA